AUGGACAGCCCUUUAGAUGUGAAAUCCACUCAGGAUCAGAUUUUACAUGGUCUAGUUACAACAACCAAGAUUGUCGGACACAUUUCUGCAGAAGAUAUAACCUUCCAAAAGUCAUUGAACCGAGAUGUGGGAGAUGCAAUCGAUGUGCAAAGUCAACGUCUACUUUCGCUUGCCAGCGCUUUGAUUAGAUCCGCUGCUUCAAUAUCGGAACUUAGAGUGCCAAAUUUAGAAGAUCCAGAAGAUAUUGAGAAUAAUUGGAGGGGUGUGAUAGAUGUCGUUGAUUCUCUGCUAGAAAAAUCUGAUACUUGCCUCGAUGAGUAUACAGGCGUCAUUAAGCGUAAGGAUUCUAGUGAUACAAUCUUACAGAGUGAGCAAGGCACUUCACUCGGUCACAAUUUUCGCGUCCAGAACCUUGUUAAGCCUCAACUCUCUUUCGAAAUCAAGCCAAAUAACCAAGAUGAAAGUCCGUGGAAGCCUCUUCUGACAAAAAAACCUCAUGCAAUCGUACCUUUGGACGACAGUCUUGAAAUAUUCAUUGAUAAUAAUAAGCAAAAGCAAUACAGACAUCCGUAUGAACAGGAGAUAUUACAGAUGAAAUACCCUGAAUUUGUAUACCGAAAAGAGAAACCUAUUCCUUACCCACCUAUUGAUACUACACAAGCAACAUUUGUAGACACUGAGCAAGGGGUGAUAGAAAUGCUAAAGGAAUUAAAGCUCGCAAAAGAAAUUGCUGUUGACAUUGAGCAUCAUGACGCGAGGUCUUACGUUGGCCUGCUUUCUCUAAUGCAAAUUAGCACACGAGAUAAAGAUUGGGUCAUUGAUACAUUAAAAUCCUGGAGACAUAACUUACAAGUUCUAAAUGAGGUCUUUGCCGACCCUAAAAUACUGAAGGUAUUUCAUGGUGCCUUUAUGGAUAUUGUCUGGCUCCAGCGUGAUCUUGGUCUCUACAUCGUUGGCUUGUUCGACACAUAUCGUGCAUCUCAAACACUCGGCUAUUCAGCCGGGAGUUUAGCUUUCCUACUCAAAAAGAUUGUUAACUUCGAUGCCGAUAAAGUCUACCAAAUGGCGGAUUGGAGAAUACGACCCCUUCCCGAAAAGAUGAUGUUUUACGCUAGAGCUGACACCCAUUUCCUACUUUACAUUUAUGAUAUUAUGCGAAACGAGCUUGUUGAGAAAUCGGCCGGUGAUACCGAGAGUGGAAAUUCCAUAGAUAUUGUCCUUGAAAAAUCUAAAGAGACAUCACUUUCACGCUACGAGCGACAGAUUUACAACGAAGAAAAUGGAAAAGGACCGGGUGGCUGGUACUCUAUGCUUGUCAAAACACCAGCACUUCUUAAUAACGAGCAAUUUGCAGUUUUUAGAGCUGUUCACGCAUGGCGAGACAAGCUCGCUCGAGCUGAAGACGAUAGUCCUACUUAUUUAAUGCCUCAAAAUAUAGUUCUUAAUUUGGCUAAACUUAUGCCCACAGAUAUACUUGCUCUUACACGCGUCGCACGCCCAGUCGCUCAUAGUGUCAAGUCACGAGCUCCCGAGCUACUCGAAGUGAUCAAGUCCGCUAAACUGUUGGGAAAGUCCGGACCAAGCAUGAUGGAUGCGUUACGCUCAAAAAUAGACACUGGAAGCGAUGCUAUAAAUCCUUUGUCGAUUAUUAAAGCUGAUGAUACCAAAGGUCUUAUACCAAAAGUUGACGAAGGCGAGCUUCGAAGUCAAUGUUCAUCUUUCUGGGGAUCUGCAUUUGGUAGCAGCGUAUGGGAUGCUCCAUAUACAGCACACAAAUCGAACCCUGAUAUAUCGCUUUCAUUACCUGUUAUACCAUUAGAACCGAUCGAUCGGAUCCUAUCAGAUCAGGUGCAAGCUACUGUUAAGCAGUUGGAUGAUCCACACGUAACGAAACAAGAAGCCAACGAUAAUGAGUUUAUUCUUAAGAAGAGUGCUAAGCGAAAGAGUGAUAUAGAUCAAAAUUCUUAUCGUAGACUCAAGAAAAACUGUAGCGAAUCUGAUGUUAUCAAUGAAGUAACAUGUUUUGAGAACAAGAAAGAAGUCCAAAACUUAUCUAAGGUACAACUCUUAACUGAGAAUAGUGAUUCUACAGAAGAAGGUUCAUUAGAUCCUAUCUCAAAGCCUUGCGAGACGCAGGGAAAUGACCUUAACACAGCAUCCCAAUCAAAAAAACAGGCACCCUUCGAUUAUAGCAAAGCGGAAUCAAUAUUACACGGCAAACAACGAGAAAUGAGGAAGCCAACAUCAAAAACAUCCGGUCAUUUUGAUCCCUACGCUAAAGUUCUUAACGCGCCGACUGGAAAGCGGCGCAUUAAGAAUGAUCGUCCGGCUAGAGCUUCACCACGUUGGGUGACAUGUUUCAGCUCAGAAACCAACAAAACCCAUCUCGACUUGAAGAAAUCAAUAUUUAUCCCUUUCUAA